CAUCAAUUCGUACACAACAUGCAGCUCGAACCUCCAAAGCUGAAGGAAUUAGCUGGCCGAGUAGUACGAUUGAAGAUGUCCCGGCUGCCACUAAAAGCAAUUCUUCCAAGUUCAAGGGAAUUGAUAUCAUAUCUGAACUCGGCUAAUCAGUGCGUCAACCCCAAAUGUAAAGGAGUCUACUUUGAAGCAUGCGUUGAACACGUGAAAUUUGUGGAUUUUUGUGGAAAAUACCGUGUGCCUUUGCUGCAAUUUUUGUGGUGA